AUGAACUGUCCUUCACGCACUGACCCCGAGGUUCCCAAUGACUGGAACCAGAGUCCGAACGACCUGGCCUCCGACACCACCACGAGGAGCGAUCUGGGCAAAUUGGCUAGUGCUCGCGUGAAGCAUGAUCACAAAUUGAAGAAUCAGGACGGAGCGGUGGUCGAAUUACGCCAGGUGGCGGAGCCCAGCCAUGUCGAGGGAGCCACGAUGCGCCGGCGACGCAGCGAUGGAGCCUCUUCCAUCGCCCAUCCGGGGUUUGGAGAGCAGAUGCUGGAGGAAACCCUUGGGCAAACCGUCCGUGGCUAUUCUCGCACUCCAAACCCCAAGCUGCCCUCGUGGCAGCAACCCUUCAGGCGAAGUUGGCAGGUCUUGUGGAAGUUUGUCAAGUUCAUCGGACCUGGCUUCAUGGUUGCGGUGGUGAGUGACGUUGGGAAAGAUAAUACUGAUGGUGGACAUAGGCUGACCACGCAAUGCGAUCUUACAGGCAUAUAUUGAUCCUGGAAACUACGCCACCGAUGCAGCAGCUGGAGCUACCUAUCGAUUCAAGCUUCUCUUCAUGGUUCUGCUCUCCAAUAUCUUCGCCAUUCUCCUCCAAUCUCUUUGCAUCAAGAUGAGUACCGUGACUGGCCUCAAUCUAGCAGAGAUGAACAAAGCUCACUGCUCGUCGUGGCUGAACUACGUUUUGUGGUUCUUCGGAGAAGCCGCGGUCAUCGCAACGGACAUUGCUGAAGUCAUUGGCUUCGCAAUUGCACUGAACUUACUGGCCCCAAAGCUACCUCUUGUGGCUGGAUGCGCAAUCUCGAUUUUGGACGUAAUGUUUAUCUUGCUCUUCUAUCGCCCAGAGGGCUCGAUGAAGGCAUUGAGAGUCUUUGAAUGCUUCGUCAUUGCCUUGGUGCUUGGUGUGGCUGUGUGCUUCUGUUACCAGCUCUCUCUUAUCAAGAACGCCACACCCGGAGAAGUUUUCAAAGGAUACCUCCCAUCGAGCGCAAUUGUCCAGGGUCGAGGGUAGGUCAAUGCUUGAACACAGAGACAAUCGUAACGCUAAUCUUCGACAAGCCUCUACCAGGCGUGCGGUAUUCUCGGCGCCACGGUCAUGCCUCACUCGCUGUACCUUGGCAGCGGCCUUAACCAGCCUCGACUCAGACAGUUCGACAUGAAGCAUAACUACAGUCGAACACACCAGGACGAUGAUGACGAGGACGCUCAGCCAAGUCAUAAAUACCGACCUUCAUUGCAAGCGAUCAACAGUUGCAUGAAGUACUCUAUCAUCGAGCUAGCGAUCUCGCUUUUUACAUUUGCCCUAUUCAUCAACAGCGCGAUCCUCAUCGUUUGCGGUGCCUCGCUCUACUCCAUUGCUGGUUCUCAGGAUGCCGAUUUGUUCGGUAUCUACGGCCUGUUGAAUGAUCAGCUUGGACACGCCGCAGCGACCAUGUUUGCAGUCGCAUUACUACUGUCCGGCUGUUCGGCCGGCAUCGUCUGCACCAUGGCCGGCCAAAUGAUUAGCGAAGGACAAAUCAACUGGAAACUCCGACCCUGGCUUACACGCCUCAUCACCCGCUCCAUCUCAAUUGUCCCGGCUAUCCUCGUCGCCGGCACCAUCGGCAAAGACGGUCUCUCGAAAGCUCUUGUCGGAUCUCAGGUCGCCCUGAGUAUCAUCCUACCCUUUGUCUCUGCUCCUCUGAUCUACUAUACUUGCCGCAACAAGUAUAUGACCGUCGUCACCUCUCCCGACCAUUUGGAUGGCUCUGGCAAUCAAGAACCAGAGGUCAAGAUGAGGAACCACUGGAUCCUUUCGGCAAUUGCGAUUGCAAUCUGGAUUCUCAUUGUUAUCAUGAAUGUGGCCAAUAUUGUGUUGACCGGUUUGGGGUUCAAUUAA